AUGAGGAGGAUUGUCUUUGCUGGUGGUAUUAUCUUAUCCUGCCUCUUAGGUGGUAAGUUUCAAAAAUCACUAUUUAUUGAUCUCUCUUCCUUUUCUUCUCCCUCAUAUCUAGGACUUUCUCCUUAUUUUUCUACCCCUGUGCUUGGAGAUAUUGGAGGUAUGAUUUGCAGAGCAUGCAAUCUCUCAAUCCCCUUCCAUGGAUGUCUUUUAGACUUGGGAACCUGCAAGACAAAACCUGGUCAGUACUGUAUAAAAGAGGUCCACAUUAAAGGGGAAAGAUAUGCAGACCCCGGGGGCCAUGAGAUGUUGGCUCUUCUCUUCCUGAAUGUGGACAGAGAGUCAUCUAGUCAGAUGGACAUCAGAAUUAGUAUGAUGUAUAAGAAAGAGCCUGGAAGCUUAUUCAACAAAAUAUUAACAAUAGUUCUUGAUGGGUCGAAGGCCUGGAAUGACUAUGAUGUUUUUGGAAGAGCAGUUUCCUAA